AUGAAUCCCAGCAACACCAACACCAACACCAGUAGCCAUCUCAACGUCCAGGGAGACGAGGUUCCGCCUCCCCCAUAUUCAGAGACAGACGUCUACAGCAAUUCAAAUGGCUCUCGCUCUCCUCGCCCAGCAGCCGCCGCAGCAACUCCAUCUCACGGCUUCGUACCAGUAGACGAUGCUGCUUCUUCCACUGCCGACGAUGUCAUCUACACGCCGCCUCUCAGCCCUCAAAACACUUCAGAUGCUGGGCAAUCCGCGGCCUCUCUAUACUUUGAGCGGAGGCCGGUGCCACAGCAGGACGCAACACCCCGCGAACCUCUUGUUCAUGCCAUCGAGGUAAAUGAUGCUUCGCGGCCUGACGAUUUCCCCUACCAGAAUGACUGGGCAGCCCGGGACAUCUCUGCCCUGGACUGGUCUACUUUUGUCAACUUCCUGCUUCCCGAUCACAGCACGAUACAGAAUGAGGCUAUUCUCCAUAGAAAGCUGCGAGAUGAGAUGCAGUCAAACUCGGGCAGCACUAACGAUACCACAUCGCAGGUCGAAGCCCAGCUCGGCCGGAAUGCUGAUGCAGGGACGACAACUAGUCCUGAUGCUGUCCAGCGAAGAAGAAAUGUCGAGGCUACUGUCCAGCAGUGGAAUGAUGGCUUCUUCAAUCCUCGUGGCAUCCAAGUCAACCUUGAACCCCUGAGAGCUCCGUCCACGCAGAUGCCCGGGGCCUGGGAAACCGACGUUGAGAGAUCUGAGUCUGCUCAACCUACCCAGUCCUCGCAUACAGCAGGCCGCUCAGAGCCCUCCAGCUGGAGCCCAUGGGGCCUCGUCAUGGAUGAAAAUGGCAUUCGACUUGGCAAUUCCUUUGUGGCAGACCAAAAUGGCCUGCGUAUUGGAAAUCUCAUUAUGGAUGACAAAGGCAUUCGAUAUGGAAAUGGCGAAGGGUCAAGCCAGCAGCAGUCACGGCAGCCGUACGGCGCGCCAACUACGGAUGCCGGUCAAGACGCUCGCGGUCGUUCCGCUAAAGCUAAUCAAGGAAGCCGUCCCGAUGACAAAAAGGAUCACAAACGCUCAUCUUCCUGCUCGUCUAUCUCGUCCCUGUCCUCUAUGAGCUCUGUAUCCUCUAUUGGCUCUCUGCCCAGCUAUGACGACGUCCCCCAGAGGUCAAUGCAGGUUUACAUAGCCCAACUCCAGGACUGGACGAAUCAUCCUGAGCAAUAUCGUAGUAAGCAAGACGUCAAACAGCUAAAGGCCGACCUCAAGAGCGUCCCCAAAACCGAUGGAUCCAUCUCCGAGGAGGACAAGAAAGCUCUAAAAGCACAAAUCAAAGCUUUGGCGGGUGUGUGGAGGCAAAUCAAGAAAACCCAAAGAAAGGAACGCAGGGCUCUCAAAAAGGAGCGCCGUGCCCAGAGGAGAGCAGAGUGGAAGGAGAAGAGACAGCAUAAAAAGGAGAUGAGGAAAGCAGAGAGAGAAGCUCGAAAGGAAGCUCGAAGAGAAGUGCCUGCUCCUCCACCUCCCCCACCGCCUGCUAUUCCACCACUGCCACCUCAUCCUCCGGGACACAUCGUACCUCCCGUGCCUCCUGUGCCACCGAUGCCUGGAAACCCGCCCCCGUUUACCGGCAGUUUUCCCUGGGGCCCUGACAGGGGAGGUCGAGGUGGGCGAGGAGGUAGAGGAGGCAGAGGCGGGAGAGGCGGAAGAGGCGGCCGAGGGGGUCGUGGUGGUUCCCAGUCUGAUCACCAGGGUCCCUUUGGCCAAGAUUGGUCUGGCGAGAAUGGUAUCUUUGGACCACGCGGUCCUUUUGGCUCUGGCGGUCCAUUUGGCCCUGGUGGUCCGUUUGGCGAGAAAGGUAUCUUUGGAAACGGCGGCAGCGAUGCCUCUGGCUCCAACAGCUUCUUUAGAAACACGGCAGAACAGCGACAACAAGCGCACAAUCAGCGCGAUCAGCUACAGCAGCGGUUACAGCAACAGCGCGAAAUAAGAGAGCAGCAACUGGAGCGAAUGCGUCAGCAGCAUGAACAAGCACGGCAGCAACACCAACAGCAGCGUGAACGGGCAAUGCAGCAACAUGAACACAAUAUGCAGCAGCAUCAACACAAUAUGCACCAACAUGGCCAGAAGAUGCAGCAACUACGUGAGCAGCAGAUGCAGCAACACACACAGAAUAUGCAGCAACAUGAGCAGAGGAUGGAACAAAUGCGACAGCAGGCCAUGCCGGGCUACUGGCCCGACGAGAAACACGAAUAUUCAAUUCCCGUAACCUCAGCAGAUGACGAGCAGAUCGCUCCCUCUGUCGCUGCGGCAGCAAAGUACCGCUCCAUCAUGGGCAUCGAGACUUCGAUUGAGCAACAGCUUGCUGCGGCGGAGAAGGCUGCGCCAGGUCCUGAAAAGGAGGCGCUAGAAUGGGCCAUUGCGGAGAUGCUGAAUCAGUUGGAGGUUAUGAGGAUGGAGGCUGAUGAGGAGUAUGCAAAGGAGCUGAGCGGGCAAUGA